CACUGCUCAAGACGCUAGAAUGAAAAUGGAUUUUUAUUUAGCAGACGACAUUUGCCGCUUGGUUAGAAUUAUGUGUUUUCUCUAGAUGUGAGGUAUAUAAGAGCUGUGCUCGCGUACGGAAGGCGAAAACCGUGUAUACCCAAGAGAGAUAUAGUUUUAUUAGCCUCGAGCAACAGAGCAUAUAUUAAGCGCACAGAUUACUAAAGGGUGCCCUGGGCGUUCUUAAAGGGGCCAAGCGGCGACCACAAUGCCAGUCACCAAGAUGCUCAUUUUGGAGUUACCCGUCACAUGAAGUUGGAAUCUAUUUAUUUUAAUUUUGUUUUCUUGUGUACAACUGUGAUAUAAAAUAUUCACAAUGAAUGAGUGGUUAAAAUAUUUGGAUACCAAAGUCGGAGUGGGAGUUGUUAUGUUCUUAUUGGUUUUACUAUUCACCUCAGGAGCGGAGGGUGGCCAGUGUCCGCACGAAUGCCAGUGUAGGGCCAGGGGUAUUGACUGCAGUUUCAGGGCACUCACGUAUAUCCCCAGGAAUAUACCAAAAGAUGUGGAAAAAUUAGAUCUGCAGGGGAACAACCUGACGGUUAUCAGGCGGUCAGACUUCGAGUCGAUGAGGAGACUCAGAAUACUUCAGCUUUUGGAUAAUCAAUUACAUACUAUUGACAAGGGAGCAUUUGAUGACCUCGUGGGCAUGGAACGAUUGCGCUUGGAUCGCAAUCAGUUGGUGUCCAUACCAGAUCUGUUGUUUGCCAACAUGGGAAGUCUGCUUCGAUUAGAUUUAAGUUACAACAAACUACAGUACAUUGGAAGAAAGACUUUAAAAAGUUCUGUUGUAUUGAAAAAUUUACAAAUGGAUCAUAAUGAAAUUAACUGUGUGUCGGAUUAUGCAGUUCGCGGCUUGAAGAACAUGGAGAUCCUCACAUUGAGUAACAACAAUAUAACAACACUACCCAGGGACAUGUUUGGUGUUAUGUACAAGCUACGAGUUCUGAGGAUAAAUGACAACAAACUUGUCUGUGAUUGUCAUCUCGCAUGGUUGUCAAGAUGGCUGCGCAGGAAUCCAACACUAGCCCUGUUCACAGAAUGUGCAAGUCCAGCUCACCUUAAAAAUGCCGAAAUUGCUGAACUUCAGGAGCAAGAUUUCAAGUGCAUGGAUGUUGGUGUGAACCUGCAUCCCCAGCACUGCGUGGCCGAGAACCUGUGUCCCAGAGAGUGUAAAUGUACGGAGGGCAUCAUUGACUGUCGCGACAAGGGGCUCACUCGCAUACCGGAUAAUAUUCCAGAAACAGCCACAGAACUUCGUAUUGAGCAAAAUCAUAUUACUCAGAUUCCUUCAAGAGCAUUUGCAGACAUGAAGAAACUUCAGAGAAUAGAUCUCAGUAACAAUCAGAUAUCAUACAUUGCACCUGAUGCCUUUUCUGGACUCCAUUCCUUGAGAACUCUAGUUCUGUAUGGUAACAAAGUUGCUGAUCUUCCACCAGGACUUCUGAAUGGAUUAUCAUCUCUGCAGCUUCUACUCCUCAAUGCAAACAAGAUUACGUGUGUCCGUGUGGAUGCAUUCAAAGAUCUGCACAACUUGAACUUACUAUCUUUGUAUGAUAAUAAGAUCCAGUCCCUAGCUAAUGGCACAUUUAAUCCUUUGAACAAUAUCCAAACGCUACACCUCGCCCGUAACCCAUUCAUAUGUGACUGCAACCUGUACUGGCUGUCUGAGUACCUGCAUGACCACCCGAUCGAGACGAGUGGGGCGCGGUGCGAGAGUCCGCGCAGGAUGCGCAGGAAGAAGAUAGGUCACGUGCGAAUCGCAAAGUUCAAAUGUAAAGGUGCCGAAUCCCACAGAACGAAGAAUGCUGGUAACUGCAUGAUAGACAGGGAGUGUCCAAGACAGUGUGUGUGUAUAGGAACUACUGUGGACUGUUCUGGACGAAGCCUGAAAAACAUUCCCAAAGAGCUGCCCAUGUACACAACAGAACUGAAACUGAGUGAUAAUGAAAUUAGCCAUAUUGCAAGUGAUGGGUUUUUCCUAAAGAAGUUACCAAACCUGCAAGUCUUGGAUCUGAAUGAUAAUCACUUGGAACUAAUAGAAGAUGGAGCUUUUCGUGGAGCGGACAAAAUAACUGAUUUACAGCUGACAAACAACAGGCUCACACAGCUUUCUGGGAAGAUUUUUCUUGGAUUACAGCAAGUGAAAACAUUGAUGUUACGUGGCAAUCGUAUCACAUGUUUGAACAAUGUCACAUUCACUGAAACACCGAAACUCCGACUCUUAUCUCUGUAUGAUAACCAGAUCCGCUGCAUAACACACGGAGCGUUUGACAGGCUGCAUUACCUGUCUACACUGAAUCUGAUGGCCAAUCCUUUCAACUGCAACUGUCAUCUUGGCUGGUUGUCGGAGUGGCUAAAACGCAGAAACGUCAUAACAGGAACCCCAACGUGUCACGCACCUCACAGUUUGAAAAACACACCCAUUCAAGACCUCAAACAGAAGGACUUUGUUUGUGAAGAAAUCAACAGUGUUCAUGUGGGGUGCAACACUGGUAUCACACCAUGCUGUCAUACAACUGAUAUGGUGACUGAAGAGAACAGUUGUGACCCACGCGCCUACUGCCCUCCAAAGUGCACCUGUACUGGAACCAUUGUACGCUGCAGUCAUCUCAAGCUGAAGGAAGUUCCGAAAUACAUUCCACUGGAUACCACUGAAUUGUAUUUGGAUGUGAAUGAAAUUACUGUGAUACCUCGUGAAAUUGGACUGCUCACAAAACUGGAAAGAUUAGACCUCAGUCACAACAAACUGGAAACACUUCCACGGUCUAUAUUCUCAAACCUCACAGGACUUUCAACACUAAUUUUAAGCUACAACAACCUGCAGUGCAUGGCAGAGAACAGUUUAGCAAGUUUAAAAAAUCUACGUAUUCUGUCUCUCCAUGGCAACAAUAUAUCAAGCAUUCCAUAUGGAGCAUUUAAGGACCUUACUGCAAUUACACAUAUAGCUCUAGGUGGCAAUCCACUGUACUGUGAUUGUAAUCUCAAAUGGAUGUCGGACUAUAUUAAAGCGGACUAUAUUGAACCAGGUAUUGCAUCAUGUGUCGGACCACUCAAGAUGAAAAACAAACUACUGUUGACCACACCUUCACAAGACUUUGAAUGUCUAGGUGAUCCUGACCCACUGGUUGCUGAGAAGUGCAAUGUUUGUCUCAAGAAUCCCUGCAAGAACGAAGGACAGUGUCAGCUCGUGGACUUCAAAAACUUCACCUGUGAAUGCUCACCUGGUUUCCAUGGCAACCAGUGUGAGAGUAAAAUAGAUGCCUGUUUUGGAAACCCAUGCAACAAUGGAGGACGCUGUGAGGUUGUGGAGUUUGGGAGAUUCAGAUGCAAGUGUUUGGAUGGUUUUGAGGGAGACCGAUGUGAAACAAACAUUGAUGACUGUGUAACACACAACUGUGUGAACAAUGCAACCUGCGUUGAUGAAAUUGAAUCGUACUCCUGUCACUGUGCAUCCGGCUUCAUGGGUAAAUGGUGUGAAACCAGGAUUCCCUUUUGUAAGGCUGGGUACAACUACUGUCUUAAUGGAGGAACUUGUGUCUCCAUGACAACAGAUUACAGGUGUGAAUGUCCUGUUGGCUUUGAAGGCAAAAACUGUUCCACCAACACGGACGACUGUAAGUCGCGUAUCUGUCAAAAUGGGGCAACUUGUGUUGAUGGCAUUGCUUCUUAUUCAUGCAUGUGUGCACGAGGGUACACUGGCCGCCAUUGUGAGAUAGCUCCUGUGCUGGCCUUGCAGCUCAGAGGCUCGACAACGGGCGCCUGCAAGUACCACGACUGCCAGAACAAUGGCGUGUGUUACCUGCUAUCGGGCAUCCGCUCGAACUAUCUCUGUAAAUGUGCACCAGGUUUUGAAGGUAAGAAGUGUGAGAAGCUGUCGAGCGUGUCUCUCAAGGAGAAAGACUCGUACAUCCAGCUCAAGCGGGUCGACUUCCGACAUCCCGUCAACAUAACCAUCGUCUUCACCACCGACUCUAACCGUGGCAUCAUCAUGUACUCAGGCACCAACCAGCACGUGGCGGUGGAGGUGUUCCGGGGGCGGGUGCGGGUCAGCUAUGACAUCGGCAACUACCCCGGCUCGACCAUGUUCAGCUACAAGCGUGUGGACGACAGCCAGCAGCACACCCUGGAGAUGACGAUCAAACACAAACACUUCAUGAUGAGGAUCGACCGCAACGGCACGCCACGCACCGUCAUCAACGAGGGCCUCAACGACUUCCUCAACAUCAAGGAGGACCUGUAUCUCGGGGGUAUCCCCACAGAGGUGAACACUCUGGCAUUCAAGAAGUGGCACAUUCGAGACGGGACCAGCUUUAAAGGGUGUCUGAGUGAAGUCUACAUCAAUGGUAAACAACAGGAUCUUCUCUCUGCCCGAGCAUCACACAAAAUCACCCCAGGCUGUCUGUUUGAUCCAUGUCAAGGUCACAUGUGUCAGCGAGGUCGGUGCAAACGGCGAAAACACAAAGCUGGUUACCGAUGUAAGUGCAAGAGAGGCUACUCUGGAGUCCACUGUGAUAAAGCACCGAGCUGCCGAACAAUUGUUUUCCGUGACAUCUAUGUUGACACAAGAACAAGAUGCAAAUCAAGAGCUAAAAUCAAGUAUCGGCGUUGUGAUGGAACAUGUGGCAAUCGUUUCUGUUGUAAACCAAAGAAAAUCAAGACCCGCAAAGUGAGAUUAUUCUGCCCUGAUGGCCACACCUAUAUUUAUGAACUGCCAGUUAUUCGCAGAUGUGACUGCAACAAGUGUUAGUGACAAACUCAAGGAAAAUAAUAACAGUUUUUUUUAUGACAUGUUGUGCAUAGACCUAUGGUAACUGGUUUGAUGCAGAAUACAAAAAUGAUGGUGUUUCCAUAGAAACACAAUAUGCCAUGACCUAAUUUAGUGUUGCCAAGAUUUCAUGUGACUGUAUUUGGCAAAUUUACAGUUCUCCCAACUACGCAAGGUCAUGUGAAACAUUUGUUAGUGUUGAAAUGGCACCUCACCUGACAUGUUGACAGUUUUGUUAAAUCCAUUUAUUUAAGCCAAAGAAAGGUUGUGACUGAGAUACAACUACAAUUUUGAUUGAAACCCCUUCAGGAUAAGUAGAAGAAGUGACAAUAGUGACGAAAUGUGUGCUUAUUUGUUAUAAAUACUUGUACAUAUCAGAGAUAUAUAUGUGUGUAUAUCUAUAUAUAUCACGGUAUAUCUCUAGACAUAGACUGGUCCUGUUGCUGUUGUUGUCCCUGCUGAAAUCACCUCACACCACUAAGUUGUCUUGAUUUGUUGCGACAGCCACGUACAUGUAUGGAGAAAGCCACAUGGUCAGCCCACCUAGUGUUGUGAACAGACGUGCUGACAGUUUAAUGUUCUUAUUCUGAACAACACCAAUGUAUACAGGGCACACAAUUUAGUGUUCAGGUUGUUUAUUCACAUUUCACAGCUGUCAAUACAGUUACAUCCUGUAAACACUUGAUUGCAUCCUGUCACCAUUUGAUGCAUCCUGUAGACACUUGACUGCAUCCUGAAUACACUUGACUGCAUCCUGAAUACACUGAUGCAUCCGGUAAACACUUGAAUGCAUCCUGUCAACAUUUGAUGCAUCCUGAAUGCACUUGGUUGCAUCCUGCAAACACUUGGUUGCAUCCUGCAAAUGCUUGGCUGCAUCCUGCAAACACUUGACUGCAUCCUGUCAACAUUUGAUACACCCUGAAUGCACUUGGCUGCAUCCUGCAAAUGCUUGGCUGCAUCCUGCAAACACUUGAUUGCAUCCUGUCAACAUUUGAUACAUCCUGAAUACACUUGGCUGCAUCCUGCAAACAUUUGGUUGCAUCCUGCAAAUGCUUGGCUGCAUCCUGCAGACACUUGAAUGCAUCCUGUCAACAUUUGAUGCAUUCUGCAAAUGCUUGGCUGCAUCCUGCAAACACUUGGCUGCAUCCUGAAAACAUUCUACAAAUAUGUGACUACAUUUUGUAAUGAGUGGAGAACUUGAUUUGGAAGAACGAAAUGUAAGACUGAAAAUAAACUUCCGCUGUAUGGUGUCAGGAAGUAGGAGCUACUAAUUGUGUGUGAAGCAAGUGGCGCAGUUCAUAAUGGAAUGGACAGCUAACAAUUCAGAUGGUGACAACUAUGUUAUGGCAUUUUUGUUGUGUUUUUUCAAGCAUUUACUCAACUGGUUCUCACACUUGUGAGUGUGUUGUCUGCUGGUUAUGUUUUUGUUUUCGUUCAUGUUUCCAUAUAUAUAUUAUAGGCAGUAUGUUCAGAUGGCUUUAUUGCAUUGUGAUAGACUUGAAGCAUGACCAAAUAUUUUCUUGAACAGUUCAUCAUUAUUGCCCUACGUAACCCAUCCAGAAAACAAGCAACGCAUGUGACCGUGACCACUUGUAAUAUUGUCACAAAUGUCACCUGUUUGCCUCUCUUUAAGACAGUUCACACGGCAUACUGGGUAAUAAAAACUAGAUGUAUAUUAAGCUAGGUAAAAUCUAGAAAGAAGGCGCAAAGCUUCAGAGUUAAAUUAAUAAAUAUUUUGUAGUCUCAGACUCUUUCAAGAAUUUCAGAUCAAUAAAUCACAAAGUCUAGGUUUUUUCACCAUUUAUAUCAGUACUAAAAUAGAUAUUUGAAUCAUGCUGAAAUGUCCUGUAUGUGUAUUUUGUCACCUAUCCCAACAUCCUGUGCAGUGUCAGCUAUGUUUUUUUGUUUUUUAAAUACAUUCUGUUGAAUGUGACAGUUCCAAAUUCUGACUAAUCAUGAGCAUAGGCGUUUACUGAUCUACUCUGCCUAUAAAUACUGAAAGAUACAGUACAUAACCUGACUGUCUCUGUUGGGUAAUGAUUAAGCCAUUGGACUUUGGGCUGCCAAAGAACAGGCUUCAAACCCUCAUACCAGCUCCUCCCACCCAGAGCGGUGAAGUCUAUUACAAUGACUUCUCUCACACUAAACAGUAAUCAUUAACCAUUAACCAUUGAUUAAUUGAGAUCCUGCCCGGACAGCCCAGAUAUCUGAGGUGUGUGCCCAGGACAGAUUUCUUCAACCUUACAAGUUUGGAUAUAAACACAAAACAUUUAAGAUGAAAUGAAAUACACAGGUUCAUUUGAACAAUUUGGUAUGGAUACCUUGGCUUGUUCAGAUUCUAAGUAAUGUUAAACAAAGAGACAAUCUUAACAAUCAGUUGUUCAUAAUUUAUACGUUUACAAAUGAUAUAAAGUUUAAAAUAUCACUAAACAAAACAUGAAGCAAGUGAACCUGUAGUAAGCAUCACCAUUCUAGCAUGAUUACAUGCUCAUUGUUUACUUUUCAUUAAGAAAAUGUUGUAUACAUACUGUUUAAUUAUAGAUAGUAAGAUUGUAUUAGCACUGUUUAAUAAAAUAUCAGUAAGAAAAUGUUGUAUAAGUACUGUUUAAAGAGACAUACCCUAGUUUUUAAACACUAAGGCUAUUGUAGUCGUUUUUGAUAACUGAAAUCAUGCUUUACUUAGAUUUUAUGGUUUAGAUUAUCAAUUUCCCUACAUUCGAAGUGUCUUUGGUCAACCUGGUGUUUUAAUAUCACAAAAUGUAUUUCUCACAUUUUUAAAAACGCACGUACGUCUGAGAAGUAACAGUUUUAGUCUUAUUUUUAGAGUGUAUUUCACCAAUUUAAAUCACAGACUCAUAUUUUACUCAAUUGUAACUUUAUCCAAAUGUGUUACAUGUUUGUAGAUUAACUAAACUUAGUGUUAAUUUUUACAGAUUGGAACUAGCGUCUGUCCCUUUAAAAAAGAAUCCGUAGAAAAUGUUUUAUAACUUUAUAAGGUUGUUUAACAAAAGAUCAGUAAGAAACGGUUAUAUAAGUACAUGUACUAUUUGAUAUAAAAUCAGUAAGAAACGGUUAUAUAAGUACUUGUACUAUUUGAUAUAAAAUCAGUAAGAAACGGUUAUAUAAGUACAUGUACUAUUUGAUAUAAAAUCAGUAAGAAACGGUUAUAUAAGUACAUGUACUAUUUGAUAUAAAAUCAGUAAGAAAAAGUUCUUACUGUUUCACUGUUUAAUGAAAGUAAAAU